AUGGCUAACGAGGCCGGUCGAAAUGACCAAGAACAAGAAUUUCAAUUAAUGAUUUCUCGUUUAGUUUCUCGCCGCGGCCAAUUAAAAGGUCAACUAACGCGGUUUAAAAAAUUUGUUGCUGAUUCAAACAAUAAUUCAAAAAUCACAGAAAUUUACACUCGUAUGCAAAGAAUGGAACUCAUCUUUGAUGAAUUUAACAAGGUUCAAACCGAAAUUGAGCAAUAUGAUGAAUCCGAACAAAAUUUCUCCGAGCGAGUCACCUUUGAAGAUGAUUAUUAUGAAACGGUAGCAAAGGAAGUUCAUGCAGAAUUUGUGAUAAAAAAACAUAAUAGUUUACUGCAUUUAUCUAUUACUAAUAAAAACUCACAUCAAAAUUGCGACAUUACUGAUAAACAUAAUAUUUUCAAUAAUGAAGCGCACGCCUCUGUUAAUAAUUCUUCACAGAACUUGCCAAUCAAGUCUGAUGAAAAACGAGUCGAAAGAAAUGAUAGUAAACAAAGUGUUGUUACUUGUGCUCAAAAUGUUUUAACUUUAACUGCUUACGAUAACGAUUCAUUUGUUUUACUUACAACCGCACUUUUAAAAAUUGAAAAUAAAGACGGCGAAUCCAUGAUUUGUCGAGCGCUUUUAGAUGCCGGUUCUCAGUCAAAUUUCAUAAGUCAGGAAUUAUUUGAAAGAUUGUAUAUUCAAGGGACAGAUGUUCAUAUAAAAGUUAUAGGAAUAAACGGCAAUAUAAGUUUUAUUAAUAAUGUUAUUAAAACACGAAUUAAAUCUAUAAACUCCAAUUAUAAUGUUAAUUUACAAUUUUUGGUAUCCAAUCAGAUAACGACUGACACACCCCACAUGGACUUUGAUACGUCUCAUCUCAAAAUUCCUAAUAAUAUUGAUUUGGCAGAUCCACAAUUUAAUGAAUCCAGUAAAGUUGAUAUACUUUUGGGUGCCGGUAUUUUUUAUCGCUUAUUAUUACCCGGUCAAAUUUCUCUAGGAAAGGGUCGUCCUAUUCUACAAAAUACAGAACUCGGUUGGAUUAUAGCAGGUACAAUCAGUUGUCCGAAUAUAAAUAAUAGAAAUUUUUCUGUGUGUAACUUGUCAAGGUCAAUGAACAAUCUUGAAAAUGGAUUAGAGAAAUUUUGGUUGAUAGAAGAAAUUCCGUCUUUGAAAAAUAACUAUACCGAGGAAGAAAAUGAAGUAGAGAGUCAUUUUCAACAGACUUAUAGUCGUGAUAAUUAUGGUAACUUUAUUGUCCGCUUACCUUUUAGGGACAAUCUAGAGCAGUUGGGCGAAUCAUAUGAUAUCGCAGUCAAUAGAUUUCAAUCCUUGGAAAGAAAACUCGGUAAAAAUCCUACAUUGAAAGAAAAUUAUAGUAGUUUUAUAAAUGAAUGUAUUAACUUAGGACAUAUGUCUGAAUUAAAUAAUUUUAAUUUCAAUUUACAGCCAAGCUUUUUCUUACCUCACCACGCUGUAAUAAAAGAGUCCUCAAUGACCACGCGACUUCGUGUUGUUUUUGACGCCUCCAGUAAAUCCACUUCGAGUUUAAGUUUAAACGAUAUAUUAAAAACAGGACCUUGCAUCCAGGAUACGUUAUUCUUUAUCUUAUUACGUUUUCGAUUAUUUCCGAUUGUAGUUUCCGCGGACAUCGCGAAGAUGUAUCGAUGCGUUAAAAUACAUGAAAACGAUACAAAGUUUCAAUUAAUACUCUGGCGCAAUAAUACUACAGAUCCUUUGAAAAUUUACAAGUUACUCACGGUAACAUAUGGGAUGAGCCCUGCCUCUUUUUUAGCUACUCGUUGCUUAAAACAGUUAGCUCUUGAUAAUGAAAUCAAUCAUCCUGAGGCUGCUCAAUCUAUUUUAAAGGAUUUUUACAUGGACGACUACUUAGUCUCCGUAAAGGAUAUUAAAUCUGCAUGUUUUUUAAUGAAAGAUGUAUAUAACAUUUUACUGUCGGGCGGAUUCCGUUUACGCCAAUGGUCUUCAAAUAAUGAGCAAAUUUUGAAUUUUGUUUCACAAUUAGAACCCUCUACUAAAACAGAUUAUAUUAUUAAGGACGAACAAAGUUGCAGUAAAACUUUAGGUACGGUCUGGAACUUUUCAGAGGAUAUUUUAAAAUAUGUUACAAAUCCCGAAUUUGGUCCAGAUCACUACAAGAUCUUCACAAAGAGACGAAUUUUAUCCGUUAUCAGUCAAAUCUUUGAUAUUCUAGGUCUUAUAGGUCCCGUUAUUACGCGCGCGAAAUUAUUUAUGCAAAAAUUGUGGGGUUUAAUAAUAGGUUGGGAUGAUCCAGUACCCGACAAUGUUCUAAUUUCAUGGCUACAGUUUUACAAUAGUUUGAAAUUAAUUGAAAAAUUAAAAAUUUCACGACAUAUUUUAAUAACAGAUUUCAUAUCCAUAGAAAUGCAUGUCUUUACCGACGCUUCUCAGUACGCUUAUGGUACUCCAAUUUAUUUCAGGUCCAUGAAUUCAUUGGACACAGUAAAUGUAAAUCUAGUUUGUUCCAAAUCUAGAGUUGCUCCUUUGAAAGUAAUUUCUAUCCCUCGAUUAGAGCUUUGUGCCGCAUUGUUAGGUGUUGAAUUAGCGCACACAGUAAUAAAGGCAACAGAAAAUGAAAUUAAAAUUGAUAAAAUAUUUUACUGGUGUGAUUCGACCAUUGUGUUGGCUUGGAUAUCAUCGGAAUCCAGUAAACUCAAAACGUUCGUCGCAAAUCGCGUAUCAAAGAUACAGACUUUUUCCCAUAGUCACCAGUGGCGUUACAUACCAACGGAUUUGAAUCCAGCUGACUACAUAUCUCGAGGUGUCCACCCAGGAGAAAUACAAGAAUUAGAUUCGUGGUUCUUUGGUCCUAAAUUCCUUUCAAGUAGCAAUCAAUAUUGGCCUAAUAACAUUGAAACUCAAUCAAAUACCGAUUUACCUGAAUUGAAACAGCCGCCCAACAAAAUAUUGUUAACCAAAGAAUGUGUUAAAUUUGACGUCUUUUAUAAAUAUUCUUCGUUUAAUAAAUGUAUUCGUAUAAUCGCCUACCUUUUGCGAUUUAAAAAUAACUUAAAGGUUAAGCCCAAGCAGAGAGAUUUAAAUAAGCUUAAAAUUUCCGAAUUAGACGAAGCUAAAAUAAUUUUAAUUAAACAUUUUCAACGCAAACAUUUUGCUAUUGAAAUCAAAGAUUUAUUAAGACACAAACAAGUUUCAAAAAAGAGUAAACUCUUCCGCUUGAGUGUUUUUCUCGACGAGAGGGGUAUAAUAAGAGUCGGGGGACGAUUGAAAAAUACUAAUUUAAAUUUUGACAAUAAACAUCCAAUUAUUCUGCCUGCAAAAUGCCACUUAACAUCUCUUAUUGUGAAACAUUUUCAUUUUAAAUACUUGCAUGCCGGACCACAAACUCUAUUAUCUGUUAUUAGACAAAAUUAUUGGCCUAUGCAAGGUCGAAAUUCAGUUAGAGGAAUUUUAAGAAAAUGCGUUAUUUGUUUUAAAGUAUCACCUUCUGCAGGCCUUCAAAAAAUGGGUGAUCUACCGUCAACCCGAGUACAACCUUCUAGAAUAUUUUCUGUACUUGGAGUAGACUAUACGGGUCCAUUCUUAAUUAAGAAUAGCCAUACAUAUCGAACUCGCAGAGGUUUUCCUUCGGAAAUCUAUUCGGACAAUGGGUCCAAUUUUGUCGGUGCGUCCAAUCUUAUAAACGAAAUCAAAGAUGAUGUAUUCCAAAAUUUUCUAAUUGACAAUCGCAUUAUUUGGCAUUUCAUACCACCGCGAUCUCCACAUCAUGGCGGAUUGUGGGAAAGCGCUGUACGACUCACAAAAUAUCAUUUAAAGCGAGUUUUACAGAACACUCUUCUAACUUACGAGAAUUUCUAUUCUUUAUUGGUUCAAAUUGAAUCUAUAGUAAACUCACGCCCUCUGACUCCGCUUAGUGAAGAUCCAGACGACUCGGAAGUUUUAACACCUGGACAUUUUAUAAUUGGUGCUCCUCUAACUUUCUUACCAGAAAACUCAUUAGACGUUAAACAUUCUAGGUUAAGUUGUCGCUAUAAACAAUUGCGAGCUUUAUUUGAACAGUUUUGGAGGAGCUGGUCUCGCAGUUAUCUACAGACUCUUCAAGAACGCCCCAAAUGGCAAGUUGCAAAUGACAUUUAUAAGGUCGGUCAAUGCAUCGUGUUACAUGAUGAUGCUGCUCCAUUAGCCUGGAAGAUUGGAAGAAUAAUGAACGUACAUCCUGGUGCUGAUGGGCACAUUCGAGUGGUAACUGUUAAAGUGAAAAACGCUAUAUUUAAACGUCCUGUCACUAAAAUCAGUGUUUUGCCUAUUUAUGAUCAAUCCUAA